UUAAUUUAUUGUUGUUUUAUUAAAUAGAGAGCAAACGACAGCAAUUAAGAUUGCCAAGCCCCGUGCUUCUCCUCUUCCAUUUGUCGUCCAAAACCAAAAAAAUCAUCACCUUUCGAUUCACGCUGUACCAUCGAAGGUUUCCUAAUCCAUAAAGACACUGUCAAACAGAGAGAGGGAAAAUCAAUUGCAAUGGCAGAGAGCAGCAGAUUCAAAGACUCGAGAUGGUCUCUCCAUGGAAUGACUGCUCUUGUCACUGGUGGCACUCGUGGAAUCGGGAAUGCAACAGUGGAGGAACUUGCAGGGUUUGGAGCGAGGGUGCAUACGUGUUCAAGAAACGAGGAAGAGCUCAAUAAGUGCUUGAAAGAAUGGGAGGCUAAAGGUUUUGUGGUUACUGGUUCAGUUUGUGAUGCAUCUUCUCGUGUCCAGAGAGAGAAGCUUAUCGAGGAAGUUGGUUCUGUUUUUCAUGGCAAACUCAACAGUCUGGUAAACAAUGUUGGUACAAAUAUCAGGAAGCCAACCACUGGUUAUUCUGCUGAGGAAUUUUCAAACCUCUUAGCAACCAACUUUGAAUCUGCAUACCAUUUGUCUCAAAUUGCACAUCCUCUUCUAAAAGAAUCUGGAGCUGGAAGCGUUGUGUUUAUUUCCUCUGUUGCAGGUCUUUUGCAUAUAGGUAGCGGAUCAAUUUAUGGAGCAAGUAAAGGUGCAAUAAAUCAACUUACAAAAAAUCUGGCUUGUGAGUGGGCAAAAGACAAUAUCAGGACCAACUGUGUUGCACCCUGGUAUAUCAGAACCUCGCUUGUGGAACAUUUGCUCGAUGACAAGGUGUUUCUAGACAAAAUAAUCUCUCGAACCCCUCUCCAGCGCGUUGGAGAUCCAAAGGAAGUCUCAUCCCUGGUGGGAUUCCUUUGCCUACCUGCUGCUGCUUACAUCACCGGACAAGUUAUUUCUGUUGAUGGGGGAUUUACUGUGAAUGGAUUUAACCCGGUAUAGACAAGAUUAAGAGAGAAACAACCAUUUUCCUCGAACAGCGAUGCAUGUGUAGCAUUCUAUUGCUCAGCACAUUUGUCAUUUCCUUGUGUUUCUGUUUAAUCAGGACCUUUUGUAUGGAGUAGUGUUAUAUUGUCAGCACUCGGCCUUCUCUGAUAAAUGGUGGUGAUUAAUUUUGCUCAAAA